CGUCUCGUGAUGUUGUGUGUGUGUUUUCUUUCUGGAGUAAUUCCGCGUCGCUUCUAAACGAAAUAUCGGUCAGGAUCUAAGCAGAGCUCUCAGCUGCAUGCGUGGACGGCUGCGGGAUGGUUUCACGCGGAGCGCGGCACACUCCCGGCUGGAAGCAAGGCACAUUCCUGGCGAGGAUUUCGUAAAAAAAAAAAAAAAAUCCAUAUCCGGGAUAUUUCUUUUUUUUUUAAAGAUGAAAGCUACUUGGGAGCGCACUGCCGAGGUCAACAUGCCCGACGACGAGGUGCCGAGAUCGAAGCUCGGUCCUCCGUCGAGAGGGUCCUCUUUUUACAUCGAGAAUCUGCUGCGGAUCGCGCACAGCGGGGCUCCACCGGAGGAGCGCGUGGAGAGCCCGAGCCCGAAAGUUACCGGCCACGGCGCGGCGAUCUCUCCGGGACAGCGGACGCAACGCGCGCACGGCGGGGAGGCGCCGAACCGGAGCGCGACGUCCCCAAACUCGGCGUGCGCCGCUUGGAGAAGUCUACCGUGCAAAGAUGAACAAACGGACCCUGUGUCGACGAGCGACCGGGAUUCCCCGACUCCAGCGGGACGGGCGGACAUGGACGAGCCGGAGGAGAGGGGGGACGAUAGUUUGACGGACGACAGAGAGGAGGACGACGCGCACUCCUCCUACAGCUGUGAUACAGCCGACAUGAAAGUGGCGCGGAAGAAGAAGACCCGCACCGUGUUCAGCCGGAGUCAGGUGUUCCAGCUGGAGUCCACUUUCGACCUGAAGCGCUACCUGAGCAGCUCGGAGCGAGCCGGGCUGGCCGCGUCGCUCCAGCUCACCGAGACCCAGGUGAAGAUCUGGUUCCAAAACCGCAGGAACAAGUGGAAGAGGCAGAUCGCCGCGGACGUGGAGUCCGGCGGCGCCGGCGUCCCCUUCGGCGCCCGGAGGGUGGUCCGAGUUCCCGUGUUGUAUCGCGAGAGCGUCGCGGCCCCCGGGCCGCCGAGCGGCCUGCCCCACGUGAGGUCGACCAUGGUAGGCUUCUCCAACGCCAUCAACUACCCAUUGACUUCCCACUUCGCCUACCCCAUGUCGUUCCUAACGCCACAGAUGACUGGACUGGUGUGACUUUGAGGGUGGAGGGACCAAUACUCGUUGCUCUUUGGACACUGAAGUAAAUCAAAUAAAGAUGCUGCAAAAAUAUAGUUUUUUCGUUCAGUUUCAUACGGCAUCAGAGUCGAUUCGUCCUUUCUUUAUGGUUUCAGAGGUGAAAUGAACCAUCAUGAUCUUUGAAUGGCUGCUUUAACCCUUUAAACAAGACUCGCUUUCCCCGUGGUUGUUUCGCAAUUUAUUUUAAGUCAUUUUAAGAUUUAGUGCAAAAUAAAGAAAUGGACAUUUUUAAAACCGCAAUAAUAAUCUGUCUACAAUCACAUCCUCUGUCCUAUCCAGAGCAUAUUUCA